UUUUCACCCAUGUUACAGAUAUUUCUUUUGUACAUUUUUAUCACAUUUUUUAUACAUGUGAUUCAACAGGUAAAUGAAAAAUAUUACACUGUCAAAGGUAAAGCAUCGGUAAAUAUUGAUAAAUGUGUUUUUAUGGCUGUAUUAAUUAACACACAUAUUGUCUGUCAAAUGCAUUGGUAGAGAUGUACAGCCGCUGAAAAGAAAGAGAUCACGUCGGUUUUGUUUUCAUUUUAUGUGUCUGUUGAAUUACAAAAUAAACCUCAGGAAUGAUAUAAAGUCACCCAACAGCAAUGUGAAAGACUGAGAAUGGAUUCCUUUGUAAACAAGGCACAUGUCGAUGGAUUUGCAGAGAGACAGAUUUUAAAGCAAUGCUGCGCAGCCAAUAUCGGAUGCAACCAGAAUCUCAUGCCAAUAAAAAUAUAUGUACGAUUGCUUUGUUAUAGAUCGAUUUAUAUGUCCUUAAUUAUGUCUAACCAAUUUUAAAUAAGGUUCCAACUAAGCACGUAGCUUGUCAAAGACACACAGAAAUAUACAUCUCAGGGCACACCUCUGUCUUUUGGAACUGUUAUCCAAUCAUAGCAGUGGGUGUUUACUUCCAAGUCUUCAAUAAAAGAACUGUGUUUCAUGAGCCGGUAGAAAAAAGCCUAUUACUUAUUGAUUUUGAUGUUUUUGAAUGUAAAAACCAAGGGAACUUAAAGUAGACCUCAGACAACAGUAUAAAAUAAUAAAAAAGGCCAGUUCAUGACACCGUUGAAAAGUGCAUUUUGUAGUUUUAAUGUCUAGCUGUUGUGUGAAGUGCUCAAAUAAACAGCAAACUGAUGUUGACAACUUUUCAUUUUUGAAAGUAUGCUUUAUUUUUGUUGGCUUUGUAUAGAUGGGUUAAAACAUGAUCAUAUAAAAUCUUGUUUUGUUUUGUGGCUUUCUGCGUAUGGUUUUGUGCUUUCUGUCGUGCUGUCCCACAGUUUAGUAAUUUUCCCCAGGGACCUCAAUCACCAGUCUUCCAUCAAACUGAACAACAGUUUUCUCAGAAGUUUCCACUUCAGAAGCCAGUGGUGCAGUCAGAAACUCUUGACAAGUGUGCUGUAGCUGAUUAUGAGCAGAUCCAGUGUGGACAACCUGGUAUCAGUGGUGCAGAGUGUGAAGCUAUAAACUGCUGCUUUAAUGGACAGCAGUGCUAUUAUGGAAUGUCAGUGACUGUCCAGUGUAUAAGAGAUGGUCAGUUUGUGCUGGUGGUGGCCAGAGAUGUUACUUUGCCUCGGUUGAGUCUGGACACGGUCCGUCUGCUGGGUGGAAAUGAAGCAUCUUGUGGUCCUGUUGGUUCCACGCCUUCCUUUGCCAUAUACCAGUUUCCAGUCACCGCCUGUGGCACCAGCAUGACGGAGGAGAAUGGUUAUGAGGUGUAUGAGAACAGUCUUUUUUUGGUCAGAUCUAUAUUCACUGUAGGACUGCGGUGUGCCACCCUGCUUCUGGUUCCUGCGAGCAGAGCUGUGCCAGGAAAAGGAGAGCUGCUGCUAGAAAAAGGAGUGAAGAAACUGUAGUUUCCAAUGGAGGUGUUUUCUUUACAAUGUAAAUUUCAUUGUUGAUUUUACUAAAGUUAUUACUCUACCUCUUGUCCCAAAUGACAAUUGAAGUGUCUUGAGACAAAGGGCUGGUCAGAAGGUUGACAGUUUGGAGAUGUGCUCUGAAACCGCUUGAUAUCUUUUUUUGUAUGUUUUUUUUUCCGGCUAUACAGACCAAGAAUACAGUGACUCAAGCAUGCGCAACAUUCAUUAACUGUCUUGAUUCCCUGUAACUCUUAAAACUGAUAGCUUUGUGCCAUACAUUUAGGUUUCUACCUUAGUACUCAAUGUUGAUUUGAGUGGAGUUAAGGGAUAAAGGCUGUCUAAACAUGGAGUAAUUUAACUUGUGCUUGGAACUAGUUAAAGAUGUUUUGGGGUUUCUGUAAAACAAGGCCAUUUACUAGCCAUGUAUCAUGGUCAUGGGGAAUACUUAAGUGAUGGUUCACCUAAAAAAAUCUGUCAUUUAGUUACCCUCUAGUCAUUUCAAACCUUUAUGAAUUUCUACCACAGAACACAAGAUGUUUUGAGGAAAGUUCGUAAACCAGUAACUUUGUAUUGAGAUCUAAUGUAUUAUGGCUCCUGUAUGAACUAUCGCUUAUUGCUCCUAAACUCUUUGUAAGUCGCUUUGGAUAAAAGCGUCUGCUAAAUGACUAAA